AUGUAUGUGUACACGAUCUCUGAAUCGCCAAAGAUCGCCAUAACAACGGUGCAGUCUGUUUUGGUCAUCUUGAAUAUUGUAGGCAACUCUCUAGUGUGCGUAGCUAUACUGAAGAACAAAGAUAUGAGGUAUGCUUUAUUCGAUUAAACGCCGCGGCGUUUAUUAAAUUUUUAGUUUGUAGAUGCGGCGUUUAUUCGAGGACGCCGUUUUUUUUUUGGCAAAAUCCCAUUUCUUAUGAGUCUUAUGAGAACAAUUACGAUAAUUAUUUGCAGAUAUAAUUAUGUAAAAGAGAGACAUGUUUAAAGCUCCAAUUGCUGGCUUCACACUAGAAGCGAGAUUAGUUUCCUAACUUGACUUAAUUAAAGUGCACUCGGAAAUCUUAAGUCUCUCUACUACAGGAAAUAUGGCUUCACACUUAGUGACAAAGUAUAUUACUUGAACUAAAAGCUGUUUGCGCUGGAAAAAAUUUGUUCUAGUCUCGUAUUUAUUUUUUCGUUACUUUGAACUCAAAGGGUUUUGACCCUGAAAGACAUGCUUACCCAUUUGGUUUUCUUAAGAGUACUUAGAAGCGGUACAGAAAAAAAAAAAAUCAAGCGACGUCAUCCUCUGCGUUUCUCUAGAAUGGCUCAACAACCUGGGUCAACAACGUGCUUUUCGGCAAAAAAUCGCCGUAGGGCUUGGUCUUAGCCUCUUCCGCAAUGCUCUUAGUUAACCGAGACAUAGGCUCGAUUACCAGCCGCUGUUCGGGAAAAUGAGCCCACACUCAUCUUCGGGGAGGAUCAAAGACCGGACCCGGGAGACGGUGGAAAUCGAGCCUAACCGAGACAUGGAUCCACUAGUGAAUGUUUAUCUGUCCGUUCGUUAGAAUCUUGGAACCACUGUACGAGCACGUGCACAUCGUGCACUUGGCUUCGAUUUCUUAUUGUGUAAGUGUGUUGUCAAGUGUAGUGUACACCAUACUUGGCUGCAAACUUCGGCUCUUCUUUGAACUACAAACGUUUCUAUGGUGACUAAGUAAAGUCGACGUAGGUACAUUUUACCCCUUCACACUCAAAGUAAAUUCCAAGUACACUUACAUUAUACUUGCAAGCUUUAGUGGGAAGCCAACAAGUUAAUGUCUUGCUUUUUUACUGAGAUAGAAUCGAUACGGUCUGCAUUGUUUAGAUCACAAAUUUCAAUUAUAAAUAAUUCAAAAAAGGACAAUUUUCCCUGGUGCAUGAUCAAAUGCGCUUUACAGUAAGUCAAAAAGACUAAUUAUGCCUAUAAUUACAAAGCUGGAACAAUGUUUUCCUUGUAAUACUCUCGUAGACACCGCAUUCUUCCGAUUGGGUGGGGCGUUAAUUCAAGUCAAUACGGUAAGCUUGAUUUCCUUGUGGUGUGCAACAGUCUGCGAAGGUUUGGAACACGAUGGGAACGAAGCCAACUGUUUCCGACGAAUUCAGAUACGUUUCAAGAGACCGCAGACAAAUGUUUUCUCCUUUUAUUCUGAUAGCGAUCACAAACAUACCAUGUUUUAAUGAGAGUCUUUUAGUGUAAAAAUUGCGUCUACUGUACGUCUGCGAUGUGGCGGAGACCAUGAAUUAUUUCAAGAACAUAUGGAAACAAAGCCAGUACAGAAGACGACAAGGGUGUACACCUGUUUAAACACAACUGAGUAAUACAACUCCAAAUACCGAUAAGGAAGUUUAACAAAUGCGAAACCACUCUUCAUUCACCAAUUUGUAAUCAAAAAUAUGUAGAUAAAGAAAAUGAGCACAUAAUGAAUUGAUAAGAUAAGGAGACCAACCGAUAAGACGCCUAAGGCUAGAAAUGGACCUUUGGAACUGAAAAUCGUCGCGUUUUAAGCUCCACCAGCAAACUUGCGGUGCCUCCCAGAAGCGACGACUUACUAUGAGCAUGAAUAGAAAUAUAAGUGCAAGACUAUCUGUUUGUCUCAAAAACAGCACAAAAAUAUUCGUGCGUCAUAAUAUAAACUUUGUAUUUAUUGCAUUUUUUCGUUUAUGUUCCCCAGAACUCCAAUAAACUAUCUACUCAUGAACCUAGCAGUUGCUGACAUGACCGCAGCCACUUUCUUCCUAGCACAAUACAUUUUUCUCAGCCCCUCUGCACACCCAAAUGGCGUUUUUGGCACGGCGCUAUGCAGAUUAGUGACGGGUGCGACAGCGGCCUAUAUUGGAGGUGCUGCGUCGGUUGCUACACUGGUUACCAUAGCAACUGAGCGUUACUUUGCUGUGAUACAUCCCCUUGGUACCAGGUUAAAGCUUACUACUCGGAAACUGAAGGUGUGUGUGGGGAAUGUCAUACACUAAGUGACUUUUUCUUUGGAAAGCCGUGAGGUUUGUUUGUGACUCGACACGAUUGAACACUGAAUACCUCAUCAAUGAGAAAAACAAGAUCUUACGUUGCCUCGCUAUAGGCUAGCCACUAGCCAAAAGACUUUCAGCUACUGUGGGGCAAAACUUUAUAACAGUAUAGCUAAAGAUAUGAGAGACACUGGAAAUUUUAACGCUUUUAAAAAGAGAAUUUUUAAAUAUCUCUUUAAUUCAUAUAUAGUUUUUUUUAUUAUUGAAAUGUAAAUAGCCUUUAAAAUUAACGUUCAUUAUUAUCUAUAGAAAUUCGUUAUUUUAUCAUUGAAAUGUAAACAGUUUUCUAGUUUAUUUCAUUUUAUUUUAAUUCGUGUAUGUAUGGCGGAAGAGCCCCUAAGGGGGAGCUAUGCAAUAAAGUAUGUAUGUAUGUAUGUAAGUAAUGCCACAAACGAGAAGUGUAAAAGAUAAGACGGUUGAAUAGAGGGAUAAAUGACUGAACAUGGUAAAAAAAUAAUAAUAAUAAUAAAAAAACGUUAAUUUUCAAAUCAAAUGCGGAAAUCCCAUUUAGAAAUUACUCAAUUGUAUGGUGCAAGAGUACCUGUUAUGUAAGCGAGAGGCAGCACAACCUAGGCGGCACAGAAAAUAGUGUAAGCAUGUUCAACAGAUGCGUACCAUAAAGGGCACAACCUGGUGGAGCUGAAUCAUUCAUUUUCAAAAUAAGUCAGUGAAUAAUUUUGGUGUAUUUUCAGGUGAUUAUAAUUUGUUCUUGGAUUUUUGGAGUCAUUAUGAACAUUCCAAUGUUCUUCUUUGGCGAAUAUGACGAGGAGGAAGAUGAGUGCACUGAAGUUUACCCUGAAGAGUGGAUAGGGAAGGCCUAUUCUGUGACUUGGUUCCUGUUCACAGCUUUCCUUCCUGUUUCUUUUAUGAUCGUUCUUUACACACGAGUUGUGUAUUCUUUGUGGUUUAAGCAUGGACAACACAAAACACAACAGGUUUGACGAAUUUUUGAAUAUCUUGCUUACCAUCACCCACGUCAUUUUAAAAUAAAUAAUUCUCUGCUGUACUAACUAUUAUUAUUAUUAUUAUUAUUAUUGUUAUUACUAUUAUUAAUGAACAUGUAUCACAGACCUAAUGAACCAAAUGAAACGAUAAGUAAUAGGGACGAGAUUGGGAAAAGUAAAGAAAAAAAAGCGGAUGUGAUAUUUCAGUCGCACCGGCCUUUUUAUCUGAGAUUUGGAUAUGGGGGUGGCCUCACAAGAAGUAGCAACCCCGCAUAGCUCAGGGGUACCCAACGACAGUUUCCUCCUAAAUACAUUGAAAACAAUUUUAGGCUAUCCAGAGUACUUUGAUGAGCUUCUAAGUACGAGAUUCUAAGUGGCGCUGACAAAUUUGUAUCUGUUCGGUCAUCUUAGGGGAACUUGAGUCUUUCCAAAAUUAUAACGGCUUGAGUACAGGAGUUUUCUGAUUCCUCUCUCCAUCACAUUUUUGAAUCCUAAAAUUUUAGGUUUCCUUUUUUCUCAGAAAAAUAGCCUAACUUGGGAAGUAAAAUGUGAAAAUUAAAUUUCAGAAAAUCGUAGGGGAUUUAUUAGAUAAGCUUCGAAAAUUGUAUAUGAAUGGAACAGUAACCUGGCAACUUUUAGCCGUCCUCAAGUGAUAGAAAAUUCUAGGCGAUAUUUACUUCUACGAACAGAUAUUUUACAGAAAACAGUCGUUGGGUGCCCCUGAUAGCUGGCGAUCGAUUGUUUUAAGAUUCGAGAGAGGUGAGAAGUUUUACGUGUGAGUAAGUUGAAAUUUACCACCUCUUAACUGUUUUUCAACAGGUUUUGGUGAGGGUAAGAAAGCGUGUCACCUUGAUGGUAGGCACUGUUAGUGUCAUCUUUGGAGUAUGUUGGCUCGCUGACUCAAUUAACUACAUCUUAACCACGUUUACCUUUAUAUACGAUGGCAGUGACUUGUCGUAUGUGAUAACUGGAACAUUGGUCUUGUUCAACUCCGCCAUUAAUCCAUUUGUGUAUGCCCUAGUCAACCAGCAAUUUAGGGUCAAGAUUAAAGCAAUGAUAUGCUGCCGUUGCCGUCCCGCAAGUAGAAGGCAUUCCGAUAUUUCAAAGCCUUCAACGGUGGGAUCAGAAGUACUAAACGAGAUCCGCUUAACAAAUAUCAAAAAACGCUUGGAAGAGGAA